GGCGGUGCCGCGCCGGGGCCAGUUUGCUCCUGGGAUUGGCUGAUGCGGUGGUUCCGCCGAGGCGUGGUAGGAAGUGGUAGCCGUCAAUCACGAGGGAGACUCCAAACAGUGAGACUGGAGCUGGAGAACAGCGUUUACCGGCGGAGCGGCCGGUCUCAUGAAUGAAACAAUGGCUACAGAUUCUCCUAGGAGACCCAGUCGUUGCGCAGGUGGAGCCGUGGUUCGCCCUCAGGCCGUCACGGAGCAGUCCUACAUGGAAAGCGUCGUGACUUUUCUGCAGGAUGUUGUGCCACAGGCUUACAGUGGGACUCCCCUAACAGAAGAAAAGGAGAAGAUAGUCUGGGUCAGAUUUGAGAAUGCAGAUCUGAAUGACACAUCACGGAAUCUAGAAUUUCAUGAACUGCAUAGCACUGGAAAUGAGCCUCCUCUGCUGGUUAUGAUCGGCUACAGUGACGGAAUGCAGGUCUGGGGCAUCCCUAUCAGUGGGGAAGCCCAGGAGCUCUUCUCUGUACGACAUGGCCCAGUUCGAGCAGCUAGAAUCUUGCCUGCUCCACAGUUGGGUGCUCAAAAGUGUGAUAACUUUGCUGAGAAAAGACCUCUUCUUGGUGUUUGUAAGAGCAUUGGAUCUUCAGGCACUACACCUCCGUACUGCUGUGUAGAUCUGUAUUCACUCCGCACUGGGGAAAUGGUCAAGUCAAUUCAGUUUAAAACACCCAUUUAUGACCUUCACUGUAAUAAGCGGCUCCUCGUCGUAGUCUUGCAGGAGAAAAUCGCUGCCUUUGAUAGCUGUACUUUCACAAAAAAAUUUUUUGUCACAAGUUGUUAUCCUUGUCCUGGGCCAAACAUGAAUCCCAUUGCUCUUGGGAGCCGCUGGCUUGCUUAUGCAGAAAAUAAGCUGAUUCGCUGUCAUCAGUCCCGUGGUGGAGCCUGUGGAGACAACAUUCAGUCUUACACUGCCACUGUCCUUAGUGCUGCUAAAACACUGAAAAGUGGCCUGACCAUGGUUGGGAAAGUGGUGACUCAGCUGACAGGUACACUGCCCUCAGGCGUAACAGAAGAUGAUGUUGCCCUACACUGCAACUCAAGACGGAGCCCCUUGGUGCCAGGCAUCAUCACGGUCAUAGACACUGAGACAGUUGGAGAAGGCCAGGUGCUUGUGAGUGAAGAUUCAGACAGUGAUGGCAUUGUAGCCCACUUCCCUGCCCAUGAGAAGCCAGUAUGCUGUAUGGCUUUUAAUACUAGUGGAAUGCUUUUAGUCACAACAGAUACUCUUGGCCAUGACUUUCAUGUCUUCCAAAUCCUGACUCAUCCUUGGUCAUCUUCACAGUGUGCUGUCCAUCAUCUGUACACGCUUCACAGAGGAGAGACCGAGGCCAAAGUUCAGGACAUCUGUUUCAGCCAUGAUUGUCGUUGGGUGGUGGUCAGUACCCUCCGGGGUACUUCCCACGUUUUCCCCAUCAACCCUUAUGGUGGCCAGCCUUGUGUCCGCACACACAUGUCACCACGAGUAGUGAAUCGCAUGAGCCGUUUCCAGAAAAGUGCUGGGCUGGAAGAGAUUGAACAAGAGCUGACAUCUAAGCAAGGCGGCCGCUGUAGUCCUGUCCCAGGCCUGUCCAGCAGCCCGUCUGGCUCCCCGCUGCAUGGGAAGCUGAACAGCCAAGACUCUUACAAUAACUUUACCAACAACAACCCUGGCAACCCCCGGCUUUCUCCCCUCCCCAGCUUGAUGGUAGUGACACCUCUUGCACAAAUCAAACAGCCAAUGACAUUGGGGACCAUCACGAAACGAACAGGCAAAGUUAAACCACCUCCACAAAUUUCUCCAAGCAAAUCAGUGGGCGGCGAGUUUUGUGUGGCUGCAGUGUUUGGGACCUCCAGGUCGUGGUUUGCAAACAACGCUGGUCUGAAACGAGAAAAAGAUCAGUCCAAACAAGUUGUAGUUGAAUCUCUUUACAUCAUCAGCUGCUACGGGACCUUAGUGGAACACAUGAUUGAGCCCCGGCCGAUCAGUACUGCUCCCAAGAUAAGUGACGACACACCACUGGAGAUAAUGACGUCACCCCGAGCCAGCUGGACACUUGUUAGAACGCCUCAGUGGAAUGAACUGCAACCUCCAUUCAAUGCGAAUCACCCUCUGCUCCUCGCUGCAGAAGCAGUGCAGUAUUACCAGCUCCUGCUGGCUGGCUCGCUUACUCCUGGAAGUCCUGGUCCCAUUACUCGACAUGGGUCCUAUGACAGUUUAGCCUCUGACCAUAGUGGACAGGAAGAUGAAGAAUGGCUUUCCCAGGUUGAAAUUGUGACACACACUGGACCCCACAGGCGCCUUUGGAUGGGUCCACAAUUCCAGUUCAAAACCAUCCACCCCUCAGGCCAGACCACAGUCAUAUCAUCUAGUUCUUCUGUGUUGCAAUCUCAUGGACCUAGUGACACACCACAGCCGCUCUUGGACUUUGAUACGGAUGACCUAGAUCUUAACAGCCUCAGAAUCCAGCCGGUCCGCUCUGACCCAGUCAGCAUGCCAGGGUCAUCCCGUCCAGUCUCUGAUCGAAGGGGAGUUUCCACAGUGAUCGAUGCUGCCUCAGGUGCCUUUGACCGGAGCGUGACCCUGCUGGAGGUGUGUGGGAGCUGGCCUGAGGGCUUUGGACUACGGCACAUGUCUUCCAUGGAGCACACUGAGGAGGGCCUGCGGGAACGGCUUGCAGAUGCCAUGGCUGAGUCACCAAGCCGAGACGUUGUGGGAUCUGGAACAGACACAGCCCUUGACGUAGCAGUCAAAAACAGCACCCCCGAGAGACACGUGGCUGUGAAGUGUCUGGAACUUCAGCGAGAGGGAAGCAUCGAGACUCUGAGUAACAGCUCAGGUUCUACCAGUGGCAGCAUCCCAAGAAACUUCGAUGGCUACAGAUCUCCGCUCCCUACCAACGAGAGCCAGCCGCUCAGCCUCUUCCCCACUGGCUUCCCAUAGGCACCAGCCACCUGCUUCUGACUGGCUGGCCCGCUCAGCCCCUAGAGAGACUGACAGGGAGGGGGGAGUAUCCCCAUCCCCCUCCACCACCAUCCCCCUCCCAGCACGCCUCUGGUCCCACCCUUCUCAGUCUCCUCAACCUCACCUUCCCUAAGCUUAGUGACAACAGCUGCUCAUCCCUAACUGGACGAGAAGAGACCUUCAGAGCACCUCAGAGCCCCUGACCUCUCCACUGCUGUCAGUGGGGGCUGUGGCCCAAAGAGACUGCAGGAACUCAGUCCCUUCUCUCUUUGCACAUAAUGUCCCGCACUGGAUCCGCUUUUGUAUUUUCUAACUACCCACAGGGGACUGGAACAGUGGCCAGAUCUUAGGGACUUUGGUAGGGGAGAGUUGAAAAGUCCAGCCAGGCAUUUUGGUGGAUAUCAGCCCCCAGGUACCCCUACUCGGUUCUUUCUAAAAUUCGAGUGAACUGAGGCCCAGAGUGGUAGGGAAGGGAGAAGGAAAGAGGCCUCCCCUUGCCGCCUGCUUCCCCGUUGGCUCAUGGGAGAUUUGUCUGUCUUAUCUUUAAACCCUUGUACCCUGGUUCCUGUACUGUUCAGUGAAGGAAAGUGCAGUUACUGAGGCCGUGUCAAAAGUGCACGUCUUGUCCAAUAAAUCUUGCUGCAAUUGGUGUUCA